AUGACGGCCAGUGACGAAAUCUGCCACGAUGUUUCAAUUCCAGUCCUCAUCGUUGGUGCCGGGCCUGCUGGUGCCACCGCCGCUUUGUUGCUCGGUCGGUAUGGCAUACCGUCCAUUGUCAUAUCUCGUCACCAGAGCACAGCCAAUACGCCGAGGGCGCAUAUCUUCAACCAGCGGGCAAUGGAGGUGCUACGCGACGCUGGAAUUGAAGGCAUCGUGAAACCAGUCGCGUCCAGCAAGGAGCAAAUCGCCCAUGUGGCCUGGCUCCAUACCCUCAGCGGCGAGGAGUAUGGUCGAGUCUAUGCCUGGGGAACAAAACCUGAUCGCAUGGGAGAGUACCUUGUUGCAAGUCCGUGCGAGAUGUCCGAUCUUCCACAGAGUGUGCUUGAGCCCAUCCUCGUCGAUGAGGCCACGAAACUGGGAGCCGAGUUUCGAUUCUCUACCGAGUUUAUUCAGCAGCGCCAACUCCCGGAUGGACGCGUUGUGACAACUGUGCAUGACCGGGCAACACUUGCUACCUACGACAUUACUUCUCAAUAUUUAGUGGGCGCUGAUGGGGCAAGGAGUUCUGUCCUUUCCAGUCUUGGAAUACCCAUCGAUGGGAAACAAGUCAGCGAUGCAUUUGGCGUCCACAUCAAAGCAGAUCUGAGUAGAUACUUCAGCCGUCGUCCAGGGUCUAUGGUGUGGAUCUUGAAUCCGGACGCACCGGACUGGUCAUCUCACGGGUCUAUACGGAUGGUGAGGCCGUGGAAUGAGUUCCUUGUUUCGAUGCACAUGGCCAAACCAGAUGUCAAUUACAUUCCCUGUGCAAAAGAUAUCAUUCGGCGGCUACAACAAAUGAUUGGGGACAGCUCCGUCCAGAUUGAACUCUUGAACUUCUCACGGUGGACGAUCAACGAUCAGGUAGCCCGGGCAUGGCAGAAAGGCAACGUCUUCUGCAUCGGCGACGCGGUUCAUCGACAUCCUCCAAUCAAUGGGCUCGGGUCAAAUACCUGCAUCAGCGAUGCUUUCAAUAUUGCUUGGAAACUGGCAUACGUCCUGAAAGGCACUGCGGAUCCCUCUAUCCUCGAGACUCUCACCCUCGAGCGAAAGCCUGUUGGUGAUGGUAUCGUGAGGCGAGCCAACGAUGGGAUGCUGAUUCACAGAAAGCUGUGGGCGUUAAUGGGCUCUACCACAGAGGAGCGAGCAGUCGUGUCCGGGAUACUCCAAGCCCCGAGUAUCGAAGGUGCGCGCCUGAGAAAGCAACUGCGCACGAUUAUUGAGGAAACCGACGACGAGUUCAACGCGUUGGGAAUACAGAUGAACCAGAUCUACUCGAAAUCUCCUCUCCUCGUAGUGGAGAACGGUGACAGCCCACCUGACCUCGACGGAGUGAACCUGAUGAAGCAACAAGUGAUCUCAACGUUUCCUGGCUUUCAUUUGCCGCACGUGUGGGUGGUGAAAGAUGGCCAGUUGGAGCGGAUAUCGACACUAGACCUGGCUGGACAUGGCGAGUUUGUUCUUUUCACAGGCAUCGGCGGCGAGGGCUGGUUACAGGCAGCAAGGGACAUCGCACGGACAGAUGGAGUGCCCAUGAAGGGUUACGGAAUAGGCAGAGGGCUCGAAUACUCUGAUGCAUACUGGGACUGGGAGAAGGUCAGGGGCGUCGAAGAAGACGGGGCUGUCUUGGUGAGACCCGACCAUUUUGUCUGCUGGAGAUGCCAGCGUCUCGUCUCCAAUCCUAGUGCCAGACUGAGGGAGGUCAUUCGCGCUCUUCUUCGUCCUGGGUGA